CCGGGGAAUGGGAAUAAUGUCCCACCAAACGCGUUUACUUCCGCACCGGUUUGAAUAUAAUACUUCCCUCAACAGAAAGUAGUGGAAAACAAAGCCCGGACUUUGCACGCAGAGACACCCACGAAAACGCCGCCAUUUAUUUUUCUUCUACAAUAUUCAUUUGGGAGAGACCUGGUAAACAUGAGACUGAUCUCACUUCUAGACAAUGGGGUGCAAUUAUUAUCAUCUCUGAUGAUGGAAAUCAGCAACUGUUAGAGACAGAAAGGAUUCUCCAAAUUUGGUUGGUUUGACUUAAAUAAAUCACUCAGAGACUCAAGAUCAGAUCUACUAGGCUCUGUGUCAACACAAUCAGUAGGAUUAGAUCUUGUUGUUGAAAGUAGAGGAAGCGUAGAAAGAAAUCAGUAUAGGACAAUAUGGGGAAUACUUGUGUUGGACCAAGCAUUUCUAAGAAUGGUUUCUUCCAAACGUUUUCUGCCGCAAUGUGGCGUUCACGGACGCCCGAUGACUCAGUUUCUCCUCAUACUAAUGGAGAAACAGUCAGUGAACCUGAAUCGCCUUUGCCGGUCCAAAAUAAACCGCCAGAACAAGUGAAAAUGCCGCAACCGAAAACUAGUCAGGAACCGGAGCGACCCAAACAAGCCAAGAAAAACCCUUAUAUGAAGAGGGUGGGUAGUGCAGGGCUUCGUGCUGAGGUGUUAAAAACAAAAACUGGUAAUCUUAAGGAAUUAUUCAGUUUGGGGAAGAAACUAGGACAAGGGCAAUUCGGGACAACAUUCCUAUGUGUGGAGAAGGCGACAGGGAAAGAGUAUGCGUGCAAAUCUAUUGCAAAGAGGAAGCUGUUAACAGAUGAGGAUGUUGAGGAUGUGAGAAGGGAAAUUCAGAUAAUGCACCAUUUGAAGGGGCAUCCAAACGUUAUAUCUAUUAAAGGGGCUUAUGAAGAUGCAGUGGCGGUUCAUGUUGUGAUGGAGCUAUGUGCAGGUGGUGAGCUUUUUGAUAGGAUUAUUAAGCGUGUACAUUAUACAGAAAGAAAGGCUGCUGAGCUUACAAGGACUAUAGUUGGAGUUGUAGAAGCUUGUCAUUCGUUGGGAGUGAUGCAUCGAGACCUUAAGCCUGAGAAUUUUCUUUUUGUCAAUAAUCAGGAGGAUUCACUUCUCACAACUAUCGACUUUGGGUUAUCGAUUUUCUUCAAACCAGGACAAAAAUUUAGAGAUGUGGUUGGCAGCCCAUAUUAUGUUGCACCAGAAGUUCUGCGAAAGAAUUAUGGUCCAGAAGCAGAUGUUUGGAGUGCUGGAGUGAUUGUUUACAUUCUAUUAAGUGGAGUGCCUCCAUUUUGGGCCGAAAGCGAGCAAGGGAUAUUCGAACAGGUUCUGAGUGGUGAUCUUGACUUCUCAUCUGAACCAUGGCCUAGUAUCUCUGAAAGUGCAAAAGAUUUAGUGCGGAGAAUGCUUGUUCGAGAUCCUCGAAGGCGACUAACUGCAUAUGAAGUCUUGUGUCAUCCCUGGGUUCAAGUUGAUGGAGUUGCUCCUGACAAGCCUCUUGAUUCUGCAGUUUUAAGCCGCUUGAAGCAAUUUUCUGCUAUGAACAAGCUCAAGAAAAUGGCUCUUAGAGUCAUUGCAGAGAGCUUAUCUGAAGAAGAGAUAGCUGGCCUAAAAGAAAUGUUCAAGAUGAUAGAUACGGACGGUAGUGGUCAAAUAAGUUUUGAAGAACUUAAGGCUGGUUUGCAAAGAGUAGGAGCUAAUCUUAAGGAGUCUGAAAUUUAUGAUCUGAUGCAAGCAGCAGAUGUAGAUAACAGUGGAACCAUUGAUUAUGGUGAGUUCGUUGCUGCAACAUUGCAUCUGAACAAAGUUGAGAGAGAAGAUCAUCUAUUUGCAGCUUUUUCCUACUUUGAUAAGGAUGGAAGUGGUUAUAUUACUCCUGAUGAGCUUCAGAAAGCUUGCGAGGAGUUUGGCAUAGAAGAUGUUCGCCUGGAAGAAAUGAUCCAAGAAGUUGAUCAGGACAACGAUGGACGCAUAGAUUACAAUGAGUUUGUGGCCAUGAUGCAAAAAGGAAAUGCUCCGGUUGCCUGUAAGAAGGGCCUAGAAAAUAGUUUUAGCAUCAGUCUUAGAGAAGCUCUAAGACUAUAGUCACAUAGACAGCGGUGAGAUUCUUGAUUCUUUUUCUUCUUUGUUAAAACCUUUUUUGUGGGAUCAAAGAAUGUAUAGUAGGCGCACAGGUGCUCAUCUAAGAAGCAGCCAGGCCUUUUUAGAGUAAAUUUUGUUGAAUUUAUUCAGAAUUUCUUGUGCUAUGAGUUUUGCAACUAUAAUCAGCCUUUUUAAUUGUGUUG